GUGGUAGAUGGGUCUGUGUGAUACCGAUGGAGAAAAGCGCGCUGUGAAGUUGUCGUGGAAGGUCGGUUGCGGUUAUGACAACUCAAACCUUAUCUAUGUGAAGGGCGCCGGUGUGUGGGAAAGAUAAGAGCUGAGUGCUGAGACCAUCCUGCCCGCCCGAUGCCUGUGUGUGUAUGAUGGACAAGGGACGGAGUGGUCAGGAGCGGCUACGGAGGAGGACUAUGGGGUGCCGAGGACCCACCAUGACCCUUCUACCCCUCUGCGUCACCUUCUUGGCCUUGCAUUCCAUCUCAGAUGCCGCCUCCAUCUCUCCUCGCCUGCCCAAACACAUGGUCAUGACCGCCAUCAUUGUGGUGAACCAGGAAUUGCUUGACCUGGAUCAGUUGUCUUUGAGCUGGGAACACAAUGGGCGCCCCCUGGUGGAGUACAAAAAUAAUAUCAUGACCUCUCAUGAGCCCAGGGCGUUGUUGCCUCAGGAGAAGUUUCAUGAGGGUAACUUCUCGCUGAUCCUUGUUAAUAUCACCAUGAAGGACACCGGAAACUACACCUGCAUGAUCCAAUACGACGGGACGCAACAGACCAUCCAAUACGCUCUUCUAGUAGAGAAAACCCGGAUCAAGUUGAUAGAUCUGUCACGCAAGAAGGUUGAUGAGACCAAUGAUAGGGAUGAGCAGAAGAUUAAGCUGAUGAAACGGUCAUCGAAGAAAUCUGUCCAGCAAAGCAAUCCACCAAACUCCACACCAUUUCUACUAAUUGGAGGAUAUAAAACGGUCAGCGCUACGCCUGGAGAAAACAUUAGUCUGAUGUGUAAAUUCCACACGGAUCCCUCCAUGGAACUGACCAUGCUAGACAUACGCUGGUCCAAGGAUGGUGUCCCCAUGUGGGUCUUCAACAAAGACUCCCAGGAGGAUGAAGCCAGGCUGCUUGAACUUUCUAGAGGAAACGCAAGCUUGAAGUUGACUUCCGUCCGGACGACAGACAGCGGGAGGUACACCUGUGACAUCAGAUACCGCUCACAGGAGCGUCGCUUACUCACUAUUCUCAAUGUGCAAGACAAAUCGGACCUUUUCACAAAGCCAGCAUCAACAAUCGGCAGCCCUGAUAAAUACAGGAAAGAAAAAGUCGGGAUGGUUGUCGGAGUGGUAGUCGUUGCGAACUGCCUGGUCUUUUUCAUCUACUUUUUUAUUUCACAUUAAUUUUAUUUUACCCACAAUGCUAUGCAGCUGGUCUUGUUUUGGAAUAAAAGCAGAAUAUAGGA